AUGGCUGCUUGUCAGAGGUGUCGGCGGAGAAAGCAAAGGUGCGAUCAGAAACUCCCCAAUUGCUCGAACUGCGAACGUGCGCGUGUUCCGUGCUUAAGCUACGACACAGGAAAGCAAGCCGAGAUACCCCGAGACUACGUGUCGUAUCUCGAAACAAAGGUCGAGACACUGACCCGUGAAGUCCAAAAUCUUCAAACACGCGCCCAGUACGGCGCCAGUCCAGUCACUGGAGGACAUGUCACUACCGCGCUACAAACGAACUCACCGGCGAGUACAGGAAGGAUUUCCGAGGGAAGCUCACGAAACAUUCAAGAGGAUGUGAUUAAAAGUGUUCAGAAUAUUGUCGUUGAGCCUUCCAGACAGCCCCGGUUUCUAGGACAAAGUGGCGGCAUUACACUCGCAAAGCUGGUCAUGGCAGCAGUCAAUGUUGACACUUUGCAUGCUCCUUCAGUGUCCGAGCAAAAUAAAUACGACAACACUCCAAUUAACCCAGCAUCCGAAGCUUCCUUUCCACCCCGCAAUGUUGCAGACCAUCUGGUCCAGGUCUACUUUCAGUUCCGGUCUCCUCACCUUCCAAUCAUGGACCGAGUGCAGGUCGAGGAAGCCGUUGAAAGCGCCUAUCGUCACAUGAGCAAUUGCUCUACUUCUGAUCGAGAAGUGGAGAAAGACAUAUUCACCACGUUUAUGAUUCUUGCUAUCGCACUCUGCGACGUUCCAAAUCCGUCGGGGGGUAGAUCAUCCCAAAGAGAAGGUUGUUUCCGCUCUGCCGUUUGUCUCAUCGAAAAGGUCAUCACCUACGCCAAAAGCGACCUCGAGACUAUUCGAGUGGUGCUGCUAUUAUCACAAUUUGUAGCCCGAUGUCCUUCAUGGGGAAGCUUGUGGCAUUUGACCGGCACUGCUCUUCGUUUGUGUAUUGAUACUGGUAUACACUGGGAAACCGAGGAACAAAUCCUUAGUAUGGAUCCCAAAUUGUUGCAUGAGCGCCGCCGGUUGUGGCACUCUACUUACCAGUUUGACCGUCUUCUAAGUAUCACACUUGGUCGGCCCCUGGGGAUCAUUGAUGAAAGCAUACGGGUCGAGCUUCCUGAUCCACUCAUGACAACAACUUAUCCAACGUUGGGAAGCGAAUUGGAGGGGUUUGAUGUCCAUAGCCAACGAGCCCAUAACCAUUUAUUCGCCAUGUCAAGAUUAGAGUCUGAAAUCAGACAUGUGCAGCACAGUCAGUCAUGGGCUCCGAAAAUUGCUUGGCCCAAACCAGACUACGCUGCCUGGAUCAAAGAUAUCCAACCACGUCUGCAGCAAUGGUAUGAUACUAUCCCAACGCCUAGCAAGGCUCAUCCAGCUUCAAUCUUUGCCUGUCCGGCCUACUGGGACAGUAUCUACUACAGCUGUAUUCUUCUACUCUACCGGCCGAACUCCGUAGUCUCGCAUCCAUCAACGGAAGAAUUGACAAUAGCUUUCGAAGCUUCCUGCCAGCUUAUCACCAACAUCAAAUUUCUUCAGCGAGAAGGGAAAAUUGAUAUCUACUGGAAAACAGUUCACAGUCUAUUCAUCGCCGGACUCGGCGUUGUAUAUGGUCUAUGGUAUUCAAAGGAACUGCGCGGCGAGUACCCGCUUAAACAUAGUAUUUCUGCUCUUCAAGCAUGUGCAUCGACACUUUCAGCCCUCUCAGAAAAUUUCCAGGGGGCGGUUGGUUGUCGGGAUAUCUUCGAUGCUCUCUCCUCAGCAACUAUUGAUUGGCUACUCACCAAUGAUGCUGAAGUUGUGCGCCAGAGUCGGGCACAUUUCGAACAUCAAGUAAAGGAUUUGCUGCAGCAACUGCAACCGUCGACAAGUGACAGCAUGGCCACUGUAAAUGAAAAUAGUGCUCACGUCAUGUCGAAUAUGCUAGCAACUAAUACCUUUGCCCUUAGUGAGAUGCUGAGUUCGGCUGCGCAGUGGCCCGAACUCGAGGACUUGGACGUGGGUGGCGAUGCGAUAGCAGGAAUUGAUGUCGAAAGCAUGACACGUUUCCACCUGACGGCCACAGGCCUCAACAUCAACUAUCUCCCUCAAUACAUCGCGGAACGCCAUGGUUUUUUCCGCGAGCAAGGGCUCGAAACUUCUUAUUCCGUUCCCCAACCAUGGGAUGGCGUACUAGAUGAACUCGCCGACGGAACAGCUGACAUGGCACUGGGCGGCAUCUGGGUACCAACAAUGUACCGCAGCCGUGUAACGGAUUACACUGUCUUUGCGCAAAUCGCGAAUCGCUGCCCUCUCGCCCUCCUUAGACGCCGCUCGGACUCUACAGACUGGAAACUAGCCGACGUGGCUGGCAGCACCGUUCUAAUGAAGUCCGGAGGAGGCGCCAGCGUCGGUCUUUUCUUCAAGAUGUUACUGCGCGAAAACGAUGUUGAUGCGAGAUCAGUCGACUACAUCCAGGAUCUCGAUGGCGUGAUGUUGGGAAACUUAUUCGAGGGUGGGAUGGGCGACUAUUUUGUGACGGAUAUUCUGUCUGCUCGUGUGAUCGCUGAGCGAAACCCGAAUGUCCUGAUUGCGAUGGAAAUGGUUUCGCAAGGCGACGUGCCCUGGAGCGUCUAUUACCGGGAAUCAGCUACGGUCACGGAGGAGGUGCUUGAUAAACAAAGGAGAUUUUGUGUUGCUCUUGCUAAGGGCAUUGAUUGGGUCAUGCAGCGUGAUGCAAAUACGUACAAGGAUGAGCUCGCCGAGCUUUUUCCAAAGGUACCUGUCCACGUCGCUGUCGGGGUGACCAAUACUUUCCGUGACAACGGCAUGUGGACAUCGCCUGUUAUUCCUCAAGAAGGGUAUAAGCGUUGGCAAUUAGGGCUUGUUGGUGCUCGUCUAAUCAAAGAGCCUCUUCCUUAUGAGGUCCUCAUUAACGACGGCCCUGCAGUUGAAGCUGUGAAGGCAUAA